CCAACCUUCAAGUCCCGAUAAGCUUCGACAAGGAAAAUAAAAACCUUUCCCACACUUUUUUUAUUUUUUUUAUUAUUAUUUUCUCUCCUUUUUCUUUCUCUUUUCUAUAUCUCUUUUCACAUUAAUAAAUAUGCAACUUGGUAAUCGUCUUACUGGAAAAGUGGCCAUUGUCACUGGUGCUGCAAGUGGUAUUGGAUUUGAAACAGCUCUUUUAUUUGCUCGUGAAGAUGCCAAGGUUGUAUGUGCUGACUUGAAUGAUAAAGGUGCUGAAGCUACUGUCCAAAAAAUCACUGACCUUUUUGGUCCCAACCGUGCCAUUGCUGUCAAGGUAGAUGUUUCUAAAGAGGAACAAGUGGAAGCUUUGGUACAACAAGCUGUCACUACUUUUGGUAAUAACUUUAAAUGUCAAAAAAAAAAAACAGAUGAAUGAAAAUUCAUUGACGCGUUUUAUAUAUAGGUAAAUUGGAUGUGAUGUUCAAUAAUGCUGGUAUUAUGCAUCCUCAAGAUGAUAAUGCUUUGAAUACUGAAGAAAAGAUCUGGAACUUGACUAUGGAUAUCAAUGUGAAAGGUGUUUGGUUUGGUUGUAAACAUGCCAUUCUUGCUAUGCGUAAAACUGGAGGUGGAUCUAUCAUUAAUACUGCUAGUUUUGUUGCCUUGAUGGGUGCUGCUACUCCUCAAUUGGCUUGUAAGUAAUUUUAUAUACCAUUGAAAAUUUUAUUUUCUAAUCUCUCUUUUUUUUUUUUGGAUAGAUACUGCUUCAAAGGGUGCUGUU